AUGCAUAACGCUAUCCUAGCGAUUGACUGUGGCGAUGAUGGUCGUUGUAUUUGUCAUAUCGCUUACAACGCCUGUGAGAAUGAUAGUCUUUUUCAGUGUCACAUAGUGUCACAUAGUAUACCAGUAUCUGCGGUAUCUUCACUCGUUUUCCAAGAAGAUGAGCGCUCCACAACGUUGUAUCUUAUCUUGUAUUCUUGUGCCGUAGAAUGUUCAUGUCGUCAUCAGAACGAACGACAAAUCCCAGACAAAAUUGUCGGAAUCGUCGCGAAAGGAGCGACCAUCACAAAAGGACAAGGAGCACUUAAACAGCACCCUUACAUCCGCACACCUCGAGUAAACCACAGCUAG